AUGGGUGCGCUCAAGUACAGCACAAACAACACCGUUGUCCCGCCCAGUGACUUGAACCAAAAGAUCCGUGUCUGCGUUCGAAAACGACCCAUGAACAAGAAGGAGAUGGAGCGGUCUGAAAAAGAUAUUGCUCCCCUCCUCAAUACCCGAAGUAUCCAGAUCAACGAACCAAAACUCAAGCUGGACCUCACUCGUUACAUCGAGCAACACACCUUUAUUUUUGAUGAUGUCUUUGACGCAAAUUCAAAGAACACAUCUGUCUAUGAACGCACCGCUUUCCCACUCGUCAAAUAUAUGUUUGAAGGUGGAAGAGCCACCUGUUUUGCCUAUGGACAGACUGGUUCUGGAAAGACAUUUACUAUGCUUGAUCCUAACCACGGAUUAUAUGUGCUUGCGGCCAAGGAUAUUUUUGCAUUGCUCAAGAAGCCAGAAAACGAACACCUUUCGGCCUGGAUCGGCCUUUACGAAAUUUACCAGGGUCAUAUUUACGACCUCUUGAACGAACGAAAGAAGAUUUAUGCACGCGAGGAUGCCAAACGCAACGUGAUCAUCUCCGGACUACGUGAGUACCCGAUCGACAACGUCGGCAACCUCAUCCAGGUGUUUGAGUUUGGAAGUAACGAACGCAGCACUGGAUCGACCGUCGCAAAUGACAGCUCUUCUCGUUCCCACGCUGUGCUUCAGAUUCUUCUCAAACCGAAAAAUAAUCGGAAAAAGAUCUAUGGUAAGUUAAGUUUCAUUGAUCUUGCUGGAUCAGAGCGAGGUGCCGACAGAGGAGAGACGGACAUCAAGACAAGAAUGGAAGGUGCCGAAAUCAAUAAGAGUCUGUUGGCUCUCAAAGAAUGUAUUCGUGCUUUGGAUCAAGAUAAACGACACACGCCCUUUAGACAGAGUCAGCUAACACAGGUGUUGAAAGACUCAUUUGUGGGAAAAUCUCGAACGUGUAUGAUUGCCACGAUUUCACCAGGUGGAUCAAACAGUGAACACACUCUCAACACACUCCGAUAUGCUGAUCGGUAA